AUGUCCCGCUUCUUCCCCCACCCCCCCUACGCAGAAGACCAACCCCUCGCAAAAACAAUCCUCUACACACACACCACAACCCGCGGUCUCCAACUCGGUUCCCUCCUCUCCUCCACCUUUUCCCUCUCCCUCUUCUCUCUCCGCCGUUUCGGCCUCCUCACGCCUAAACCAACAUCCAUCCUCAGAUCUACGGGGAUAGGCGCCCUCACCGGCGCAACCCUCCUAGCCAUCGCAACCACAGCGCGCAUGUGGGCACGCGAAGACAUCGAAUGGGCGGAUCGCGCGUGGCGGUUACGCGCGAACAAAGGGCAGGUCGAGUGUGAUGACUGGACGUAUGCGGGGAUGGUGGGGGGCGUGUUGGGGGGUUUAGGGAGGGGAGUGAGGGGGGUGAGGGGGGUAAGGGUUGUAGGGGCGGGGGGGUUGGGGAGUGUGGUUGGGAUGGGGGGGUGGAUGGGGUGGAGGUAUAUUAGGGGGGAAAGGGACGAGGAGGAGGAGGGAUUGUGA